AUGCGGUCCCUACUCUCACUCGCCACCCUUCCGCUCUUAGCCCUCGCCGCCCCACCUUCUUCUCCAACAAUAACGCGCAUCGUCUUCUCUGGCUCAGGAUGUCCUAAUGACUCGGGUUCCGUCAAGACAGAUAGCGCAACUCUCAGUGACACCGCCGGCGUCUCCUUCACGCAACUCAAGGGCGACUCAACAGACAACUGUGCUGUGCACAUUGAGUCGGCCGGGGCUAGUUCCGGCUGGCAGGUCGCUGUCCGACAGGUUGAUUAUGUCGGCGAUGUCAACUUGAAGGGAAACAGUGGGCUGGAUACGUACACGCAAGUCUUCUGGAGUGAGAAUGCUGGGAAUACUGGCGUACUUACCGGCGGUCUUACAUGCGCGGGUCCUGAGAUCAAAGACUACAUCACUGUACGAAGCAGCACUGCGGACCUUAAGUGGUCGAAGUGCACUGGUACGGACGGAAACCCCGGUAUCUUAAAUGUCAAUUUCAGACCAGUCAUCCAAGGUGACUUUGGGACGUAUGAUUUCAAACACGCUGCUUGGAAGCUAGAGUGGCGGAAAUGCUAA